UCCAACACUUAGAAAAUCUGAAAAACCCUAGCCACCUCUCUUCACCACUUCAUCACUUCAUCGUCUUCAUCUCUUCAUCAUUGAACGGCCAUGGCUUCCUCCGGCCAACAGCAGGACCGCCGGCGUCCACGAAACUCCAGCUCGGGUCCGCCAGCUAGGGUUAUAGAUCUUAGUCUCCGGCGAAGCGACCCGUUGUCCCAACUCGACCCACAUCUUCUGAUGGCGAGCGAAAGCCCUGAUGUUGUUGUUGUAGCUCCCGUGGUGGUGAAUGGCGGCGCUGAAUCCUAUAAUGGAAAAGAUGAACAAUUGGAAUCUGAGCUUUCGAAGAAGCUUGAGAUUGCAGAAGAUGGUAAAGAGGACAACGAUGAAGAUGAAGGAAGCAAAGGUAAAUAACUUGAUUUUUAUUUUGGUCUUAUGAUAUCAAAGUUUUCGAUUUGAUCUUUUUUUUCUGAGAAUGGUUGAUUAAUAAAAGACUUGUGUUUUU